AUGCCUGAAACCUUUGACCAAUUAGAUCCGAAUUACGUUAUUACUCUUGAGUAUACAAGAGAUAAUCUGAUACAAUUGACAACUGAGUUAGCCGUUAAAGGAUUACAUGUACUCACUAGACCAGGAUAUGAUUCAAAUACCUUAUAUGCCUUCACGAGAGUUGAAGAUCGUGGGUUUCACACGAAUGUCAAGAGUCCUAAAUCGAUUCGAGUUACCGAACAAUCUGGUAACGAAAUUUUAUACAGGGUGUGCCAACCCUUGAAAUUCGUCAAAUCAAUAACACCAAUACACGACUUUGAGACAAGACAGAAAUUGGAAUCAUUUUCAAGCAAGUUGAUAAAAGGCUCUUUCAAAAUUCCUGCUGAUGACGAUUUGAUUAAAUUGUCAUAUUUGACCAAGAAUCCACGGGAGUCAUUGUAUUUUGCAUUCUUCAAAACUUAUAUUCAAUGGCUAUGGCCAAUAUCUAUGGUCGGUGUAUUUUUCAGGUUAUUCAGCAAGAAUACACCAUCAUCCGAAUUUAAUAUACAAUAUUCGAUGUGUGUAUCUAUAUGGUCAUUGUUAUUUGCAGCUACUUGGGUUUUCCAGAAUGAAUCGAAAUUCAGCUCGAAGUUUGGUAAAGUCAAUGGUUAUUUCAAUUAUACGGGUAAACAACUAAGCUCUCCCACAACCGUGCUUUAUAAAAAGCUUUGCUUUAUUCCAGUUGCUUGUCUAUUUGCUGCUACAUUGAUAGCAUAUCAACUUUUUUGUUUCUUUAUUGAAAUUUUCGUAACUCAGUUUUACCAGGGUCCGUUGAAAUCAGUAAUUUCAUUGACACCACUAGUUCUCUUAUCGAUUUUCGUCCCAUUCCUGACAAAUUUUUACAAUAGGUUUUUCGUUGAUAAAUUGGUUGAAUGGGAAAAUGGCUCGGACCCAAAUAAGUCUAAAGUUGAGAAGAACUUUGUAUUGGCCUUUUUGACAAGUUAUAUGCCCCUAAUUAUAACAUUAUUCUUCUAUUUACCCAUGGGCUAUAAGAUUACUCCGGAACUAAAAGAUUUUAUUGUCGAACGUUCAAGCCAUUACCGUAUUCCUGUCCAGGCAACUGAUUUUAUUGUUGAUGUAAAUCGUUACAAAAAUCAAUUUUUCUAUUUUACAGUUACCAAUCAUAUCGUCGUUAUGUUAAUGGAAGAUAUUGUACCAUACCUAACCGAUAGAUUUUUGUCAUCAAUAACUAAGAAACCAAAAGAGGACAUCAAGGCAAAAAAAUUGAAUUCAAUCAUGAAAUCAAACUAUCCAAGUGAGUUCAAGUUAUGGAACGACAUCAAUAAUUUCAAUAAAACUGCUUAUGGAGAAUUCAAUGUGGACGACAACUACAAAAAGGUUAUUGUGCAAUACGGUUACAUCACUAUGUUUUCUACUAUUUGGCCAUUGGCUCCUUUUUGUUGUUUAUGUUUCAACUAUCUUAUUUUCAAAAUUGAUCUUUGGAGGGCAUUGAAAAGGUGCAAGCCUUCUUCUUGUCCAAAUGAUCUUGAAGUCGCAAAGGAUAGCUUUACAGCUAGAUCAGCUUCUGCUGGUCCUUGGAACACAAUUUUGGAAACUCUAACGUGGAUUGGCACGAUCACAACACCAUCCCUGAUUGUCAUGUAUAGGUACAGCGACUUCCCCGGUGUAGGGUUAAAUACAGUGCUGCAGAAAAGAGACUUGUGGUAUAGAUAUUCGCCGCUAUCUGUUUCUUGGACAACCAUAUUAGUCACUGCAAUACUUUCGGAGCAUGUGGCAUUGCUAGCCUAUUUUUACUUGACUAGGAUUUUUAGUGCCUCCACUCAGAAGUUUGUCUAUGGAUUUGUGCCUGCUGUUGAAUCUCAAGAACCUCCCAAAAUCAAUUUGAGCAGUAUGAUAAAAGAAACUGUUGGAAUAAUGAAUUUGGUCGCGGAAGCUAAAUUACCAACACCUUCAGAAAGGUCAGAGCAUAUCAAUGAAAAGGAUAAGCAGAUAGAGAAAGUUAAUGGUACUUCCGGAUUUUCUCAACGCCAAAUUAAAAGUACAGAAUCAUUGGAUGAAUCAGAGAACACUAACUACAGAAAAAAUGGCCCGAAUACUGACGUUUCUAAAACUGUUGAUAACUCUGAAAGGCUGGACAAUGGAGCGGCUUUGCCAAAGGGCGAGAUUUUUGCAUCACCAGAGGAUGCUCUGGAGACAGACGGGAUUGCAGCCAAUGGCAAAAUGGAUCAUAUGAGGCUUCCUUUUGAAGGCUUGAAGGACGAUUCGAUGGAAAAUCAUAAAGGGAAGUCAAAGGAAAAAUCUAAAGAGAGUCCAAAAGAGAGUUCUUUAAAUCAGGUAAAGACCAGUAACUCUAACGAUGAAGUUUUAAGUACAGCCGGUGCCACCUUACCGGAAACUAUUCCAACUUCAAAGAACUAUCAUUUAAGAUACGAUAAGUAUGGAAACCCAAUACAAUCAUCCAAUUCAACGAAAACAAGUAAAUCCUCACUCGUAGAUGACACAGUUGGAAGCAGCGAAAAUUCAGAAUAUGCCUCUAAACCAACUGAAAUCCAACACGAUGAGAAGCCAAAAGAUUUAGAACACGAAGAGAAGCCGGAGAAGUCAGAACAAAAUGGCGUCGUUGGCACCGUUAGAAGCAAAAAAGAUGAAAUUUUGACUAAUCGAGAACAGGAUCUUGCCGCCGCUGCUGCUUCUAAUGCAAUCAGCAACCACUCUCGAACUUCCUCUAAAAUUAAUGCUGUUCAGCAAUUUAGCCGUGAUGUUCCCACAUCGUUAGUGUCAGGUAAAUCUAGCCAAGAUCAGGCUCACACAUCGAUGAAAGCGGUGGCAAGCCUUAAAUCGAAGGCUGCUUCCUCAGUAGAGCACGAUGGACACGUAGCUCCACGCAAAAAAUCAUCAUCGUCGAAAAGAUCUUCCGUGGAUAUGUCUUCCAAAGAAUCAAAAGAGCACAAGCACAAGCAUAAAAUGGGCUUGUUGCGAAAGUUGAAAAAAAAACUAUAG